CUUUUAUUGUUGGAUCAAUUCAGUUUGAUUGCCCUGGUUCACGAUUUUAUGAUCAGAGUUUAUGGUUCUCCUCAGUUUAAUAACUGUGUUUCUCCCUGUGACCCGAGGGUUGGCGGUGGGGGGCAGAAUCUGUUUUUACUUCCUUGACAUGAUGAAGUUAACAAGAUAUUAUAACUGAUGCCAAGAACAAAUUACACUGACUUGAUACGACUUCCUGUACAAGAGGAGGUUUCUCCAUCCAGUUUCUUCCAACAACAACCCGUUCAUCACCAGAGUACCAGUGUACAUGCUGAAGCAAACAUCUGCCUUGCUAACCAUAAACACUUAGACACAUUCUUUCAGGUAGUUGUAGCCGUUGUAGUCCUUCACGGUUGAGCCACCUUUUUUUCCUUCUGGGCAGGAGAUGGCAUGGAAACGGUUUCAACAUCCAUCGGGCAGGCCAUAAAUUUGUAAUGGGAGUAAACGUCAGCCAAAGCUGACCCUUAAAUCAUGCUCUCCGUUUCCUUAUGCUCUGCCUGUUGGUUUUGGCGCAUGCUUCUCCUUUUCUUCUUCUUCCUCGUCUUAAGGGGAGCCCGGCUCUGCUAUGCUUCCUCCGGUUUCCAGCCAAAAGGUUGACGGGGAGUGACAUGUCUGUCCAGGUGCGCCUGAAUGACUACCUGGACAUCUACUGCCCCCACUACCCUGAGGAGGAGGAGGAGGACUUUCCCCGGGGCCCCCAGGAGCCCGAGGUGCUGGCCCUGUACCUGGUGGCCGAGAAGGACUUCAGGGGCUGCGUGGAGAGCAAGCGGGCCAUCAAGAGGUGGGAGUGCAACAGCCCCCAUGCGCCCUUCGGCCCAGUGCGCUUCUCUGAGAAGAUCCAACGCUUCACCCCCUUCUCCCUGGGCUUCGAGUUCAUACCCGGGCACCACUACUACUACAGCUCGUUGCCUACAGAUGAAGGCCCCCCCCUGCCCUGUAUGAAGCUACGUGUCACAGUGUGCUGCGAGCCCACGUCAGAGGGAUCCAAACAGCUACAAGAAGCCCCGGGGACGCAAGGCCAUGCAGGUCCACUGGGGAGAGUGUCCCUGUUGCUCCUCCUCUGCGUCCCCCUCCUGCUGGCUGUCUGAACCCCCUGGUUCCCCUCUCCUCCUCACCUCUGCCCAUGUCUGUGUGGAGGAAGCAGAGCUACGGCACAGACAGACACCAGGCACAAUGCCGUCCGUGCUGAGCUAUGGUGAACCCACACGUCUUACGGGACGCCAGGACAACUGGGCUGGGGAGGGCUUGUGUCCCCCUGUGGAGGGGUGACUACUCAGGGAGCUGUGCUCAACCGUUUGGGGAACUCUGGAGGUUAUUUAGCUGUUCCCUUAUCCCCUGCCAUGAGUCUGGUCUUCACAGGUUCAAGCAGACUCAAAAACAUGAAUGGGUUUUUACGUCCCUGUACUCGUGUGAAGACAAGACUUUUCUUUUCCAAACAGGGGUUUAAUAAUUAGUCUUUAAUGUGCUAUUCCUUUCCUUACCUAAGCCAGUCUCUAGUAGUGUUCCCUCAGAGUGCCGCCCUGUAGCAGACCCGUCCUACUGAACACCACAUCCCACAUCCAGGCCCCUCACGAGACACUCUGAUAUGAUUCGUCUGCCCUCCGUCCCUCCCUGGACCUGAUGUACGGAUGUCUGGCUGCACACUAAGUUUAUAGCUGACUAUAAACUGAUGAAAUCACAUCCAAGAUGGGACUGGUGAGAAUAAUCAAAAUACGAAAUUAUGAUUAUUCUGUAAUUUAUGGAAAACCAAAACAUGUAGCGUGGGGUGCAGGUCUGUUGCGCCCCCUACUGGGAUUAAACUGGUCUCACUGGGAGCUGCCUGGGUUGGCCCAUGCAGAAAAUGGACACUACAACGACUUGCUCCUGUUAGUGGUUGGUCAGGGAGCUAAGAGCCUGGACCCAGGGCCUGGCUGGGGGUAGUUUGACUGGGGGCCCAGUUUGCUGCUUCACCAUCCGUUCCGUCUUCUGGGGGUUAAUGAGGGGUCUUGGCGGGUCGGGGGGCCGUGGCCCGGCUCACUGUGUACAGACAGCCGUAGUUUCAUCGUGUUAACGUGCCUACCAACCAACCAGGUGUUAUGCACCAUAUUUGAGAAUGUCUACUGAGCACUUAAUCACGCAAUAACUUUUUAAAUAAUAAACCAUGAAGCGAGAUGGAUGUAUUUUUUUCUUACAUGCAAGAUAUUUUAAUAUAAGGUUUCCUGCUUUAGAACAAUCUGGAAUCUUAAAAUUGUGAGGACAUUUUUUUGCUGGUGUAUAAUUAGUAGGCCUGUGUGGUAGAUAUUGGAUGACCAUGAAUUAUUGCAGAAAUCACCAGUUUCUUUUGUGUUUUUGCUAACAUAUUUUGGAUACAUUGUCCAUGUUGAUGUGUUUCUGAUUUAGUUUGGUGGAUAUAGUAUCCUACAUCAUUUAGUUUUUUUGUUAUUUUUAAGUUUCAAAUUCCAGAAUGUUCUUUUCCAAAUAAGAAAGGUCAUACAAUUUAGCUUUUUCUUAUAUAUGCAAAUAGGCACAAUAACAUUUGUAAUACAUGUCAUUUGAGAAAUCCUUGAUGCACACAUAUUGACUUGAUAUGUCACAUUUAUUGGCAUGAAAUGUUAUUUAAGUUGGUUUAAAAAAGUGUGAUGAUUUAACUCAAUGAUGUAUGAAUUAUUCUACAUAGGAUUUAAAUGUUAGAAACUAUAGAACCUUGUUCAGCUUUUUUUAAUUUUACAUGGAUCUCCCAGUUCACCUGACACUAUGUCUUCCUUCUGUGUCAUUUACAUUUGUUUGGUUUCACAUUGUAGUGAAAAAUGAUGCCUCUUCUAUGAAGAUUCAAGCCAAUCUGAGCCAUUGUUUCAUACAUGGCCUGUCAAAGCAAAAUAAAUGAUUGCAACAAA